AUGGCGAGUGCAACCGAGGCAAAUCUAUCUCUCUGCAACUUAAUAGACUUUUCUGGUAAUGGAGAAUGGUGCGCUUACCGGACGGCUAAAGUGGUCUGCAUCGUGAUUGUGACAGGCUCAUUAAGUUUGGUGACCAUCAUUGGAAACACUCUGGUAAUUGUUUCCAUCAAAGUAAACAGACAAUUACAAAAUAUUAACAACUACUUUAUUUUCAGCUUAGCUUGUGCUGAUUUAAUUAUUGGUGCAUUCUCUAUGAAUCUAUGCACCAUUUACAUUGUAAAUGGAUACUGGCCUUUGGGUCCAGUGAUAUGUGAUUUAUGGCUUGCUGUAGAUUAUGUUGUCAGUAACGCUUCUGCCAUGAACCUCCUUAUCAUCAGCUUUGACCGCUACUUCUGCGUGACAAAGCCCCUUAUCUACCCAGUGAAGAGGACAACUAAGAUGGCAGGGAUGAUGAUUGCUGCUGCUUGGGUAGUGUCUUUUCUCCUGUGGGCUCCUGCCAUUCUCUUCUGGCAAUUCAUUGUAGGGGAGCGGAUUGUCGAAGAUGGUGAGUGCUACGUACAGUUCUUCUCAAAUCCAGCUGUCACUUCUGGCACUUCUAUACUUGCCUUCUAUAUCCCGGUUAUCAUAAUGACGAUUUUGUAUGUGUACAUAUCUCGUGCCAGCAAGUGUCGAAUGAAUCAUAAGAAUGAAUCGGAAUCACGUGAAGUCAACACUUCUCCCCGUACAGUGAAGAGCAAAAUAAUGAAACCAAAUAAUAACAAAUCAGUAAAUACGCUUGAUGUGUUGCUGCAGGUCGAAACAAAACCUGACACAAUAAAUGAUAAAAUAUCAGCUGUAAGUAGGAUUCAAGGAGAGCAGGAGAUACCUUCCAGAAAGUCCACUUUUCUGUACCUGGCUUCACCAAAUGCCAAUGAUGAAGGAGCCACACAAAAGAGUACGAAUGGCUUAAACACACCCCACUAUUGCCGGGCAAGCAACUUCACACUCUCUUCAAUGAAUGUUUUCAGCAAAUUUGAAGACAAUGCCGUCGGUACCGUCAAGGUACGAACAGUAUCAUCUGUCAACACGAAGAAUGUGAAUGAUGGAGAGAGUAGAUCAACUGGUAACGCUAUUAAUGCGACGAGAACACGUGCUAAGAGAGCAAAGCGUGCGGUACUACGAGAAAAGAAGGUGACUAGGACCAUCCUGGCUAUUCUCCUGGCAUUCAUAAUUACAUGGACUCCAUACAAUGUUAUGGUUCUCAUGGAUACCUUCUGCUCAAUCUGUGUCCCCAUCACAGCCUGGUAUGUUGGGUACUGGCUCUGUUAUAUCAACAGCACCCUAAACCCUGCCUGCUACGCAUUAUGCAAUAUGACCUUUAAGAAAACGUUCAAACAUCUCCUCCUGUGUCAGUGCAAGAAUAUAAAUGCAACAAAAUAA